AACGAUGAAAGUGCGGAAGUAAAGGCAAUGGCAGCGGAGUUGGACUGAUACUUGGAAACGUGCUCAGUGUGUUCCCAGCAGUGGUCGGUGCGGCACACGGCCAGCCUUUCGUAGCGGUCCCCAAGUUUAUUCAUUAUUAUUUUUUUUGCAUUCCUUAUUCACUUGCAUCUGAGAGUUAAAAAAAUCUAAAAUUGUCUCAGAUAAAACGUGUGGAACGAUUUAUAAUCGAAGAAACCCAAAAGCGGUUGCAUUCUUGGUAACAGAUGCGAUGAUGAACUGCGCAAGAAGUACGGUCAUGCUCCUGAAGGCGCUCGUUUCCUUGCUGCUUCUCACAGCGUCUGGGUUAGCUCAAGGCACAGGGCAGCGCCUGAUACUCGAUGGUCAAUACGACGUGAACGAAUGGCCUCACGCGGACGAAGAACGUCCCACGAAUGUGUCGGUGCAGAUGUUCAUUAAUUCGUUUGGGUCGCUCAACGCCGCCAACAUGGAUUACACGGUUGACGUAUUCUUACGGCAACGAUGGAACGACCCGCGGCUCGUCAACGCAGUCGUCCAAAAGGACAAGAUUACCAUCACGAACAGUGAGUUGCAGAGCAAAAUCUGGAAGCCGGACACUUUCUUCAACAACGUGAAGGACGCGGAGCUUCACACUGUCACGAUGCCCAACAUUUUGUUAAGGAUACAAAACAACGGAGAUGUUUUGUAUAGCAUCAGACUCACGCUCACGCUCUCCUGCCACAUGGACCUUGAACUCUUUCCCUUUGACGACCAGAAGUGUUACAUUGCCCUCGCUUCCUACGCCAACACGGAGGACGUCAUUGACUACGGUUGGGCGAGCGUCAGUCCCAUCGAUCUGCCUGACCAGCUGGAGAUCGCUCAGUUUGACCUCCUCAACUUCACUUGCAAGGACACAACCCAAGUCUUCACAACAGGUAACUUUAGCGGUUUGUUGGUCUAUUUCAACUUGCGUCGCCAAAACGGCUACCACGUCCUCCAGACCUACGUGCCCACCAUCCUCAUCGUGUCUAUCUCGUGGGUGUCCUUCUGGCUGGACCCGAAUGCCGUGCCCGGCCGAGUGUCCCUUGGUGUCACCACUCUGCUCACCCUCACCACCCUCGCCUCAGGCAUCAGGGCAUCCCUGCCGCCUGUGUCAUAUGUCAAGGCCAUCGAUGUGUGGAUCGGCACUUGUAUGAUCAUGGUAUUUGGAGCACUGCUGGAGUUCACGCUGGUCAACUGGCUUGCUAACAAGAAGAUCAUAAACCACUCACAAACCAUGUUCAAGAUACCCAGACUGCUGGCCGGAUCAGAUUACGCAGAGACGAAGGCGCAGGAGGAGGAGCCGCCUGCAGCCGCCAGCCCCCAGACGUACAUUACCUACGCCCGCGCUCUGGACCGCCUGUGCCGCGUCCUCUUCCCCGGAGGAUUCCUCAUCUUUAACUUGGUCUACUGGCCUUACUACCUCGUGCACCAAUACAUGGCACUGCCGCAAAGCCUGGUCUAGACUCGCGAGAAAUAGAAUUCUGUUGCUGCCCCAACCGCCAUUGAUCUGUAGGGUUGUUCUAUUUGUGUGGUGUGCACUGGGCAAAUGUUUCUUCUUUUUCGUUUAAGAGUAGGAAAUAUUUGACAUUAACAAUGAUUCUAAUGAUCUUGGCUUUGUUGUGAUGUUUCUUCCCUGUUAUCAGUUCUGUUUAGGUCAGUUUCUACAAUGUCUAAUACAGUUUCAGUAUUUUUGCAUAUGCUAUUGCAUUCUGAUAAUAUAAAUACCAGACAAAGCACCAGAUUAUGCCAACACCAUAAAAAAUUUAGGCUUCAGAUUUACUGUGAGUUGACAUGACGGCCUCACUCAUAAAGUACUUUAAUAAGAUCAUUGCAAUAAGAUUUAUGCAGUCUCAUGUUGACACUAGAAUACGGGUCGCGAUUAUCAUGUGAUACCUUUCUUGUAUUACUAUGUGAUGAUCAGUAUUUUUUUCUGAGGUCAUUGUUGUAUUACUGGAACUAUUUCUGAACAGAUAUCGAGAUUUUUUCAGGCUGGUAAGCGCUUGCUCAUUUUGCUCAGAGAGCGCAAAAGCCCAAUGGCAACUUUUGUUUAGUAAAGGUUGUAUAUAAAUAAUGCACAUAUGAAAGAAGGUAACACGCGUAUGGGAAUGUGUACAUGGGUGUGUGUGUGUAUGUGUGUGUGUACGUGGAGGCCAUGCAUUUUUCGGUUGUCAUAGGAGGCGUAAGUAUUUCCCAAGGCAGAUGCGAGUGCUAAAGGAAAAUUAAGAAUGUCUGUGGUUAUAUUUGUUAUUCCCUUAACAAGAGCGCGGGCUAACUUUAAGUUUCUACAAGAUUCAAAAGCAUUGCCUUUACUAACUUUAAUUUGGAUAGUCUACUUAGGUUUACCCUUCUCUGUGCCCUCAAAACCCUGGGGGGAUUUUAUCUAAAGAUGCAAGGCGGGCGUGGAUACAAGAAACAAUUCUUAGAGGGGGCGUGGCAGUAAAGAGAUUGAGAACCACUGGUCUGUGUAAUAGGUAUUGUUAACAGCCCAAGCUUCAAUAAAAAUGAAUGACCAA